CUGUCCUCAAGGAGGGAAAGACGCAUGUAUUUGAGCAAGGGGUGAGAUGCGAACCGUGUCGAGGAGAUUAGUGCCUGUGUGAUCGCUGUGGCGACUGUACAUUGUAGCAGAGACCUCACUGCCGCGUGUGGCAGCGAUAUUGAUAAGGAACACUGGAUUGCCACUCUACAAAGGGCUGUCCAACAGGGGGCAGUGUGAGAUUUGACCAAUCCCACACUCCUCCGGUCCCCUCAGGUCCUCGCUGUGUGUCUGCAGUCAGAAUCACCCCUCUGACAAGCAUGAAAGGCUCUCCUGAUCUGAUUCCGUCUGCAGAGCUGGACCCUACAAGGGUGUGUAAAGGGAAGGGGGUCGUGACUCUGAGGGCCACUCUGGUCCACAUAGACGACGAGGACUGCGUCAGUGAAGAAUCAAAUGUUGACACAGCGCCAAGUGGUUGGAUCGGCCAGAUCAAUGGAGACAGCGCUCAAACGGGAUUUGCUGAUGGAGGCUUCCACGACAUCACAGCUGAUUUACCUACAGUCAACAGAACUCAAGCCCAGGGAAGUUCACCUGUGAACACAGAAGAACCCCAGCUUCCUGCCUCUUUUGACAUUCAGAACUAUAUUUCGUUGAGAAAGGCCACCUCUGCCUACCCAUCCGCCACUGGCACUGUCAACCCAACCGUAGUUCUGCUACAACACAACAGAGACCCCACCCCACAGAGGGACAAAUCGCCUGAUCCAGGACCUGUAGUUGGAACAGAGCGAGAACUGAGCCAACACCCAGAUAUGGACGGCAAGAGGAUGAGGUACUCUCAAUCCCAUAUCUUGGGCCCACUGAACCAGCCCAUCGUGCCAGUACGGAACACAGAUAAGUCAAAGGACUGGUACAAGAACAUGUUUAAACAGAUACACAGAAUUCCAGAACCUGUUGAGGAAAACCCAUAUCGCCCCACCUACAUAUUCCCUGAAUCCUAUGAUCCUAGGCAGAUGAAAACAACAGAUGAUGGUCACUCCCCCUAUGGUUAUGUGGAAGAAGUGAAAGCGGUCCCACGAUCAAAAAGUGCCGCUGAAGUUGACCAUAGGCCGUCUAUGCCUGUGCCAACACGGUCCUCUUCCCUCAAACCUGCCAAAAGGAACGACUGGGAGCCCCCUGACAAAAAGGUAGACACCAGGAAGUACCGUGCCGAGCCCAAGAGCAUCUUCGAGUACGAGCCGGGAAAAUCGUCUGUGAUGAAACUGGAGAGAAAGACUCAGCACACUAGUCCAGAAGAUGUAGAUUUAGAGAAUGAGCCUUGGUAUAGAUUCUUUUCAGAGAUGGACUUUGAUAAAGCGAGUGCCCCCUCUUUCAGCCCUCUGGAAACACCCUCCGACCUACAGAAGUACUCCGGGUGUAAGGCCGGACACAGCGAGGUGGAGAAGGACGAAGGCUCGUCUGGCAGCGAGCCAGCGGCUCCAGAAUGCGACCGCUAUGUUUACAAGAGCAUCCUGGAGGGCGGUGAUAUUCCCCUGCAAGGUCUGCGGGCCCUCAACAAGCGCCAUGCCAGUACCUCCUCUAAAGUGGAUUAUCAAGGUGGGAAUGGCUAUAUCAUUUCCCCCUGCUCUUCUGUAAAUAGUCGAUCAGUUCUUGCCAGUAAUGCCCUAGGUUACCAGUGUAAGAAUAAGAAGCCCUUAUCUGCCGCCAAAGGCUGCAUACCCCAAAUCCUCCCCUCUAAGUUCAAACCUAAGCUGAUGGCCCCUGGUGGUGACAGCCAGGACAGGAGGACUGUGCCUGCCAAGCACCCAAAGGCACACAGCUGUGAGGAUAUAUACACAGGGAGCACAGGAGCAGAGGCCCGGGAGAGCGGACUACACUCAAACACAGACUCAGACUCCAAUGAUCUCCCUCUUGACUCUGAGACUGGUUUUCAAAAUGGCAACCCUGAGACUAGAAGGAGCACAGCCGAGUUCUCAACCCUAUACCGGAACAUGCACAGCAUCCAGAGGCCUUCCUACUCGGUGGGCUCCAGCCCCCACGGGAGUGUCCGUAGCCUGACCUCCCUGUUUGAAAAGGUGGGGUUCAAUGAAACUGAUGGGGAGGGGGACGAGGCAGGGGGGAACAAUCCCCGGCGGGACGCUGUGUCGUCAAGGGUAUCUGCGUUUGAACUGAUCAUCCAGCGCUCCAGCUCGACUCCCACACGCUCCUCAUCCAUGCCAACGCUACCCACUGGCCCCACCCACAACCACGGUGCCGCCAACCUCUUCAUGGUGUCUGCCGUCUCAGCUGAGUUGCUGCUGGUCACUGACCCUGGGCAGACUGAGGGCUGCCCUCUGGAGGACACGGAGGGCAAGGCAGCCCAAGACGAGGCCUCUCUAUCAGGCAGCAAGAUAGUGGAGGCGGUGGCAUCCUCGGAGUACAGUGACACCCUGCGAGCCGAGUCUCUCUCUGGGACUGAGAUAGAGAUAGAGCAGCACGGCUCCACAGAGAAAGUACCAAAAGAGAAACCCCCAGUGGUCACUUUCUCCAGAACCUCAAACAGUCCCCCAGCACCAGUCACUCCAUCUGCUCCCUCACACAACUACCACCUCCACAACCACCACCACCAACACCACCACCUUAAACCCAGCAGCAAGUGCAAAGGCUCCUGCCCAGCCUCUUAUACCCGGUUCACCACCAUCCGGCGGCAUGAGAGGCAGCAGCAGGCCUCAGCCCAGCAGGACAAACUCUCCACUCAGGAGAAAAUAAAGAACUCCUCCUCUCUCCCCGCGAACCUCUUGCUCAUGGGCCCUGCACCAUUCAUGGUGAAGAGGUCUCUCCAGUCUCACCGGGCCAAAAAUUAUUUCUCAGCCACUAAGGUGAUGGCAGGUCAAAGGUCACAGACCCAUUCUAGUGAGCCCAGGCCCCUCAUCCCACAGCGUCUCUCUUCCUUGGAGGUGCUGGAGAGGCUUGGCACUGGGGAGGGUGCGCCGACCGGCAGUGACAACAACCUGACUAAUGGGGGAGGCAUGGACGCCAAUGGGAAUCUUCUGCAGCCGCUGGCAGCUCAUCGCAGAGAUUCAGACUCGUCCCAGGCUUUGACCCAAGGAGACCUUGGUGACGGCCAGGAUGAGGUGGUUAGGAGACGCCAUGGAGACAAAGAGAAAAUCCUGGAAGAGCAGCGGAGGCUGAAGAGGGAGCAGGAGGAGGCUGACACAGCAUCGAGGCGACACACAGGAAUCGUUCCCACCCACCACCAGUUCAUCACUAAUGAACGCUUCGGAGACCUGCUCGACAUCAACAUCAACGACACAGACAAGAGGAAAUCCGGAUCAGAGAGAACUCCAGCCCUGGCUCGGUUUGACUUCAGAGCAGAGACUCUAAAGGAGUUGCCAUUUCAAAAGGGAGACAUUGUGUACAUCAUUCGACAGGUGGAUAAUAAUUGGUUCGAAGGGGAGCAUCACGGCAGAGUCGGCAUCUUCCCACGGAGUUAUGUUGAGCUCCUUCCCCCCACGGAAAAGGCCCAGCCAAAGAAGAGUGCCCCAGUGCAGGUGCUGGAGUAUGGAGAGGCCAUAGCCCGUUUCAACUUCACAGGGGACACGGUGGUGGAGAUGUCAUUUAGAAAGGGAGAGAGGAUCAUCCUAAUUCGCAGGGUCGAUGAGAACUGGUACGAGGGCAAGGUCUCCGGUUCCAAUCGCCAGGGUAUCUUCCCCGUCACCUACAUAGAGGUGCACAAACGACCCAGAGUCAGGAAUGGAUUGGAUUAUCCAGACUCGCCCAUUGGCCAAUCACCUCACCGCAGCCUCAAUGCUUCCCCUCAGCUGAACCGUGUCCGUAGCAACCGGCUCAUCUCGUCCCCCCUGUCCCUCCCCCGCUCCCCCCGCCGCUCUGUGUCCCCUGAGGUCCACGCCAUCUCCUCUGAGUGGAUCUCCCUGACCAUAGGGGGUGCCGGCCUCCCUGCUGCCCCAACCCCUCCUCUACCCCCACUCCCCUCUGUGUCUUAUCGCUGGGGCGAGUACCUGCCCCCUUCCAUGUCCGCCAGCCCCGUGCCCCCAAUCUGCGGCAGCCCUUACUGCAUCUCCCCAAUGGCCUCCCCUUCCGCCUCCCCCCUGCCCCCACCCUACCCACCCCGCCCUGGCUCAGCCACCCCUUACCUCACCUUCACCCCUCCCCAGGGGGAGGACUUCCUGCUCUCCCCUCCCUCUCCUCGUCUGUCCCGCAGUCUGAGCCCCUGUGGGGGCGUGGGCCUGGAGAGCUGGCUGACAGGGGCCAGUCCCUUGCGCAUCCUGGACAGGGAUUUGAUGGAGGGGGAGGGGGCAGAGGGAGACAAGGGCACUGGACGCGAAGCCCUGGGCUGCUGGCGAAAUAGCCCUGCAGAGCUGGUGAAGAAUGAGAGUGACUACCAUGGUAGAACCUCCAGGAGCCCUGUCAUGUUGUUUGACAUCCACGACAACAACAUGAAUGCUAACUCAUUUGCGCAACCCCAGUCCCACAGCCCGGAGCCGAGUCGUCUCAGCUGUGGAAUUUUCCAGGCUUUGUACUGUUACGUGCCACAGAAUGAGGAUGAGCUGGAGCUGAAGGAGGGAGAUCUUGUCAGCGUAAUGGAGAAGUGUGACGAUGGCUGGUUUGUUGGUACCUCAAAGAGGACCAAACAGUUUGGCACGUUUCCAGGAAACUACGUGAAAGAGGUCAACUUGUAACCUGUCAACAUACAUUUAUAGUGUGAGGAGAACCCAGCUCUAACCCGUGGUUACCAUUCAAGUAUUUGGGAAGGCAUUACUAUUGCGCUUGAUUGUUUCAAUUAGGAAAGUCAUUCAGCCAGGUGAAUAUGUUUGUCUGGUGUAAGUGAUCAGUUUGGUGUGAGGUAUGUUGAUGUACAUGAGGCGAAGACAGGAGGAAGCUUUGCUGUUGACCCACUGCCCAAACGUCAGUGUGGUGUAGACGUACUCCAACCAUAUCCUACACAGUACAUGGGCUGAAUUUAUAAUAUCCUAUUCUGACUAUAGAACUUUUAGUUUAAAAAAAAUCCUCCCAAAAUGUCAGCACAUACAGACUACGUUAUAAAAUGAGUUUACAAAACAUUAUGAACACCAGAUUUUUCCAUGACAUAGACUGACCAGGUGAAUCCAGGUGAAAGCUAUGAUCCCUUAUUGAUGUCACUUGUUAAAUCCACUUCACAUCAGUGUAGAUGAAGGGGAGGAGACAGGUUAAAGAAGCAUUUUUAAUCCUUGAGACAAUUGAGACAUGGAUUGUGUAUGUGUGCCAUUCAGAGGGUGAAUGGGCAAGACAAAAGAUUUAAGUGCCUUUGAACAGGGUAUGGUAGUAGGUGCCAGGCGGACCGGUUUGUGUCAAGAACUGCAACGCUGCUGGGAUUCUUAAUGCUCAAUCUGUUUCCCGUGUGUUUCACGAAUGGUCUAUCACCCAAAGGACAUCCAGCCAACUUAACACAACUGUGGGAGGCAUUGGAGUCAAUAUGGGCCAGCAUCCCUGUGGAACGCUUUCAACAUGUCCCAACUCAAUAUUAGGAAGGUGUUCUUACUGUUUUGUACACUCAGUCAGUAUUCUUGUACAGUAUAUAUAGUAGCUGCGGUGUAUCAUUGUGAUUGUUAACUACUAUACAAAGUAUUUUUGAAGAGCAUGAGUGUCUAUCUACAGUAUAUGGGGGGUCAGCAGCAGAGCAGUUCAUGGAUCAAGAGAGUGGAUCUUAUAACUACCAUGAUGGUAUACGAGGAUACAUACAUCUGAAGGUCGACAUGACAUGCUAAGUCGUCUAGAAGACUCAUGUUUUUCCGAGGAAAACCCAGUAACUAGUAUUGUUAGACAUACCAUGGAAGUAUCAGGCUGUAUGUGAUGGCACAUACUUGGACAGGGUCCAACAAACCAUAUUCCUUGAUUCGAAUUUUGAAAACCCAUUAACCUGACAGUGAACUUCUAAAUUAAAAAAAAAAAAAAGUAGAAUCGUGGAAUGGCUUGGUUUCAUUAGCUCAGAAUGCACUGAAAACUAUAAAGCCAUGUUUGUGACAAUGUAGUCAAUGUAGGCUUGUAGUCUUCCUAAAAUAGCCGGGCGUUCUUACCUCAGUGUAGUCCAAAAGCUUCCAAUGCCGUUUUAGUAUUGCCUUUGUUUUCUAACCAAGGUGUGUCCUAUAAUUCGAGCAUGUUUGUGUGCAUGAUAGAAAUCUGGAAAUGCUCAAACACGUUAGCUAAUAUGAGCUCAGCUUUCUGUCAGCUGAAGUGAUUAACACAAUCAGGAAGACUGGUUGUGCUAUGUACAUACCUGAUUAAGACAGAUCGUGCAUGUGUAUGAAGGCGUGUACGUGCAAGCAAGCUUUUAUGCCUAUGUGUCACACCUAUGUGUCACACAUCUCUUAUCAAAAAAUGAUUUUCUGUCAUCUUGUACAGCAUAUCUGUCCAGUAAAAUUAGAAGUAACAUUAGCUGUCUGAUCUUUGGUGAUUCCUGUGAGGUAGCUUGGUGGCAGCUAUACUGGCUCCAGUGAAACCGCAGGACAGGCGUGGUGUGCCACUCUUUUUAAAGCACUUAACUUCCGCCCCGAGGUCAUUUUUGAACUUUCUCCUCACACUAAUUAAUUUGAAGUUUAAAAAGGCCUUUCGUGAACUAACACUCGCACUUUACUUUUUUUCCCCCCUUACUAGCGCUGACUUUGCUGAUAGCUACUUUAUUGAGGAAAAAUGUACUUACUAUGACUGUGAUGUGUGGUUGACCCACCUAGCUAUCUUAAGAUGAAUGCACUAACUGUAAGUCGCUCUGGAUAAGAGUGUCUGCUAAAUGAUUAAAAUGUAAAUGUAACUCUUUGUUUGAGUAACGAUUGAUUUUAAUUUGUGAGCAUUUUACAUUUGACAAAUUAUAUAUCCCAAUAUUGUUGGAUACAGGGGCCUUUUAUACACAGUAGACUAUGUGUAGCCUCAGUGUAACAUCUGAGAGUGCUAAGCUAUUUAAAAGCAUUAAACUACAUCAAUGCCAUUAUUAUUUUGAGGCCAGCAGGUACAACCAGAAAAACAUUACUCAUUAUCUUUGAGCUGGAUUGCUCCCUCAGUGAAGAUUGCUUUGAAUUUGCAUAUCAACGCAUUGAAACAGUCUUCCUGUGAGGACAGAGGUCCUCAAUCUGAGAGCUACAUCAGAUCACUACGCCGGUAACAGCCACCAUAUGUCAGAAUAUAUCCUGAAAACGUAGCGGAUUGAAAUAAGAAUGUAUUGUGUUGUGGCAGCUCUACUUUCUUCUCUCUUACUUUGUGCGUAUCAAAUUAUUCCUCCUUAUGCCUCACUGCUAUGCGUUCUUCGAAGGAAUCCUCAAUGUCAUGAGUGACAGUAGACUGGGUUCACGAGGCCAAUAGAAUUGAAAUGUGUUUCUAAGACAAAAAGAAGUAUAUCUGUCAUAAGACUAUCAACAUCUAACUAGUAUUAUUACCUUUAUAGUAAUACUUCAUCUACUUAAUGAUGACUUAUGUUAAAUAUCGUUUAAAGCUAUUAAUGCCAUGUUCACAUUGUCAGUUUGAAGUGACUAAAAUCCUAUUUAUUUGCAUAUCCGAUUCAAAUCUUUUCUUUGUCCUGCAGUCUGAACAGCCAAAAACCACAUGGAAUCUUGAUAUUUCUAGCCACCUUUCGAAUGUGGUUUGAAGUCAGAUACAUAUCUGAUUCCUGGCCAUGUAACUUGUGUCUUAAUGUUGAAUCUGAUUUAUUUGCCCCCAAAGUGGUUUUUAGACUGUUAUGUGGCAUAUCUUGUUGCUUGCUAGCUACUUUGUUGACCGUUUGACAAGAACAUGUGGUAACUAACUAGUUAACUUGUUAAUUGUUUACAAACAAAUGAGUGAAUGUUCUAGAAAGCUUAAACAGCUACCUAGCUAGGUAGUUGGCUGCUGUGGCGAGCCCCAAAAAAAUCAUUUGUUUUGAAAGUUGCAUCAUCUUAUCCUUUGAGGCUUUAAACGUGUUCUUACACUGUAACUUUUAAGCAUUCAAAGUAACUGGGAAACGUCCAUGUCAGGAAUUGUUAUCAACUUAGCUUGCUACAUAGCUUCUGAGUGAUAGGAAGCACGAGCACCACCACCAAUCAGCCUACACCACUGAGCACACACCAUCAUUACUAUGACAACUAGCGUAGCCAUGUCAGCAAAUGACUGCCAUCUGAACACACACACACAUCCGAUCUGAACUGAUAUGAGCAUUGAGGCUUUAGUGGCUGCCACCUAUCAUGUUUACCUUGUGAGAUAUUUAAGUACAGUUCUGCCUGUUUACUCAUCUGUCAGUUGUACUUGAAAAGGAAUAGAAGCUUCACUCUGUCAAGCUGUUACAGUGUUUGUCAUUGACAUGAGACAGUUACAACACCCGAACAUUCAACAUCAUUGAUUUUCCCUAGCUUGUUAACUGCCAAUUGCCAACAUUGAUGAGAAUAUAGUCUUGUGUGACAGUUGUUUUAACGAAACCAGUUACAUUGUUACAUUACAGAAUAAGGUCAAGGGACAAUCGAGUACGGAGAGGUCUGUUCCAUGUCACACUGACUGUACGAUAGACUUUGGCAACAAGCAAUCACUCUUCUUGUGGUAUCAUAUCAUAGCCUCACAAGUCCGUGUAAAAUGUUGAUGGGAUAAUGUGCUCCGCGAAACAUCGCAGGAUGUAUGAAUGUAUGAUUGUGGAGUACUGUAUAACACUAACAAGGAUCAAUGCUGUCAGCUUGAAUGAACAUGUAAAACAUUAAACAGCCUGGCACAAUAAGAAUUGUAAAUAUGUAUAAUAAAGAAGUAUGGAAUGCAAGAGAUGGGAAAAGUCACAUGAAGCUCUCUGUUGUUCCCGAGGGAUUUUUGGGGGGGCAAAGCACAGAGUGAAGAGUUAUUGAGCACAGACCGUUUUGAUGCAUAUGAUGCAACGUUGCGCUGCCAUUUGAUGAGGAUCGUAAGGCCCUUAUGUCAGAUGCAAAUUGUGCCUCAUUUUCAUUAGCUUUUAUUGAUUAUCACAGAAAUGUAUCCAUAUGUCAUAUUUAAGGAUAUUACUAUUGUUUUCCCCGUUGUUUUUUUAGUAUUUGUGAUGGGAGAAGACAUGUACUAAAGAACAUGAUAGCUACUGGAUUAAGUGUGACACAACGCUUCAAAUAAAUUAUUAAUCAUCAUAACUGUGUUCAUUAGUUUUCCCGAGACGCUCAACCUGCAACAGGAUUUGUUUGUUUGCUUAUUUGUUUUGCGGUGCUGUUACCAUGUCAAUAUUAAAAUGAAGACAACACUAUUUGCUGCUGUGAUAUUAUUAUUGAUAUUUCGGUAUUAUGCAAUAUUUAAUAAACUAUAUAAAGCAUCCUGAA